AUGACUUUCAUCAGUAUGUUGUUGAUAUUUAAUUUAACAUUAGUAACAGCAACAAAUGAGACACUAAUAGAUACGGCUGUUGAUAUUGCACAUUCAAUAUUCUAUAACAAUUCCGUAACAGCCGUGAUAUGGUGUCAAGUAAACUGUGAUGACGUUACAAUAUUUUUAUCAAAAUAUCAAGGAGUUACUUAUCGUGCACCAUUAGAUAUAAAUAACAAAAUACGAGAAAUAAAGAUCUCACUUGACUACAAACAGGUCGUACUUUUUAUAUCAGAAUCCAAUGAAUUUGAAAUCUACUUGAAAUUAAUUUAUGAAAUAAUGGUUGUUUCUAUUCAAGUCAUUUUAGUGUUGACUAGUGAAGAUGUAAAUAUAAGAGAAAUCACGAAUAUCGCCUGGAAAUAUGAUGUCACUGAUGUUUUUAUAUUGACCAAUAAACAAAAGAAAGGGAAAAUAUUUACAUAUUUUCCAUAUACGAAUGGAAUUUGUGGCAAUACCGCACCUGUAUCAUUAAAUAAUGUAACAGAUAUAAAAAGUGCCUUAGCAAAUAAGUUUGAAAACUUCCAAGGCUGUCCUAUUAGAAUUACUUUAGUCUAUAUUAAUCCAUAUUUAACAUAUGAUAUAAUAAAUGGAUCAGUCACGUCAAUCAGUGGAACAGAAGCUGAUUUACCUUAUAUCUUGAGUGACAUUUUAAAUGCUAGUUUGGAGUUCUUUCCUACAUCCCUAAGUAUAAAUACAGUAUAUUCAAUCGACACCGAAUACUUCCUGAGGCUGCGGCAUCGUACGAGUGAUAUGAUAAUUCCUAAUACAGUAUUGGACAUAAAAAGAUUUCAAUUAGCACAAAUAUCCUAUGUAUAUAACUUUAAAACGUAUUAUUGGAUAGGACCGCCUCGAAGGAAAAUUGAAACGUGGACUAAAAUCUUAAACGCCUUCUUUAUUAAUUCCGUUAGUCUAUUUUUCUGGGCAGCUUUCCUAAUAUUUGUAGCACUUAUAAAAUUCAUAAGUAAUGUUCAUUCACUUGGAUACCAGAAUGAGAGCAAUGUUUUUAUUAAAUCUUAUUCGAUGUUUCUUGGACAAGAAACUAAAUUUAAAAAUACAUCCGCUUUAAUUACUAGUCUAUUUAUAAUGUGGGUCUGGUUUUGCGUCGUAAUGCGUCUUGUAUUUCAAGCAGAUUUAACAAGCGGCUUGCAAAAAGUAUUACUGGAACCACCAUUGACAUCAAUGGAGACUGCAGUGGAUGUAGUAGACGGUUACGGCGGAGGUCUUCUAUAUAAAAGAAUGUUGGCGGGCACAAAACUAGAAAAGAAUUAUCAAGCCAUAGACAUGACAGGUAAUUAUUCAUGUCUGCAAAAUAUUGCCAAAGGAAAGAGAUUUAUUGCAUUCGCUGAUAAACUAGUGGUAGAUCUUAUGAACUUACGUACAGAUAUACAAUAUGUUGGGCGACCAAUGUAUGCUACACCUGCAUGUGUAUAUAUGAGACCUGGUUGGCCUGCAGCGAAAAAAAUUGAUGAAGUUAUUCAAAGAGCAAUAGAAGUAGGAUUUGUUGUAAAAGCCACAAAAGAUAAACAACGUAUGAAUAUGAUACAAUUAUAUUUCAGAGAAGACGAUAUAAAUAAAGCGACAGGACAACAGCCACUAAGCCUGAACGAUUUUAAAGGAUUUAUGUUCAUAUUAUUAACUUUAAUGUGUUUGUGUAUUGUAGUUUUUAUUAUUGAAUUAACUUAUCAUAUAAUACAAACAAAAUAUAUGAUGUAAAUUGAUGAAUAGUGGAUAAAUAGAAAUCUGUUUUCAAAAGG